CAACGACAUGAAAACAACUCUGUUCUACUUCUUUGUGCUUGCUGCCGCUUGUCUCCCCGUCCUGCGUGGCAAAGCGGAGCAGCCCACCUCCGAGCCCGAGGCUCCUGCCGAAACGCGCUCGCACUUUGCCGCUCUGGAUGAUGUGCGUCUCCUGGGGACCGGCCUCCUCCAGCUGGGCCAGAGCCUGCGCGAGUUUGUGCACAAGACCAAGGGACAGAUCAAUGACAUCUUCCAAAAGCUCAACAUCUUUGACCGUUCAUUCUACCAACUCUCUGUGUUGGCCAGUGAAAUCAAGGAGGAGGAGGAGGAGCUGAAGAAGACGGCGGUGGUUCUGAAGGCUAGCAAUGAAGAGAUCAAAGGCGUGUCUGUUCAAAUCAACUCCAAGGUGGACACCAUCAUGCUGGAGAAGCGUUCUCUGCAGAGCAAGGUGGAAGCCCUGGAGGAGAAGCUGAAAAGUCUGUCUUGGGGACUGUUGACUGGUGACCAAGUGGGAGAGCUCAACAGCCUCAGGGGAGUGAUUAACAGCCAAGAGAAAAGCAUCACAGAGCUGUUGAAGGCUGCGAGGGAGCAAAGUGAUCAACUCAACUACCAGAGGAUUAAGAUCAAGAGUCUGGAACAAAAGUUCACAGCUAGUACCUUUGCCCAAGACACAAUUGAAAGGAUGCCUGAAUCCUUCAACAGCGAUCCACCAACACUCAGCCCUUAUCUGGCCCCCGACUCCGGCAAGAAAACUGCAACCGCGGCUCUCCCAUCAGACUGCAGUGAAGUGUUCAACAGAGGUGAGAAAAUCAGUGGAGUGUACGCCAUCAGACCAGAUGGAUCGGAGCCCUUCAUGGUGUUUUGCGACAUGAGUGCAGAUCAUGGGGCAACAGUCAUCCAGCGAAGGAAGGACGGCUCUGUCGACUUCCAUCAAACUUGGGAAAAAUAUGAAAACGGAUUUGGAGAUUUUCACGGGGAGUUUUGGCUGGGCCUUAGUAAGAUUCACUCGCUGGUCGCUCAGGGCAGUUACGUCCUCCGCAUCCAUCUGGAAGACUGGAACCAGAGCAAACGCUUCAUCGAAUACACUUUUGACCUGGACGGUCCGGAAAGCAACUACACCCUUCACCUCAAGCUUCUGUCAGGAGAUCUGACUGACCCCAUGAAGAACCACACAGGCAUGAUGUUCUCCACUAAGGAUAGGAACAAUGACAAGAACCGAGACCCCAACUGUGCCCACAACUAUACAGGUGGUUGGUGGUUGAAUAGCUGCGGAGACACCAACUUGAAUGGGAGAUAUUUCCUCAUGAGACACAAGCGUCGUUCGGACCGUCGAAGAGGGAUCCAUUUGAAGCCGGGUCGAAAAGCUUCUUAUUUGCUCAGGUUCACGCAGAUGUCUGUUCAUCCCUUCAACGCGGCCUCGUCGCCGCCUGAGACGGGUGGCUUUUUCGCAAGCAACAUCUAUGCGCACCAGUGAAUAGGAAACCAGAAACAGUGUGUAGUGUGCAAGUGUGGGCAGCCAUCAUUUCAGAAGGCUUUGGGCUCAGUUUGGGGACUGUAUGUUGAUUGAAGUCACUUACACAGGAUCGAAGUGUUGUUCUGUGUGGCGUAUAUUAGUCAAAUAAAAAUGUUAUUAAUUUAGGAGAAAAGAAUAAGCCGGAAGCGACGCUUGCGUUACUUCCGGUUUACCGUAACUUUAAGUUUAAUUGUUAAAAGCAAACUAAUAUGUCUCGGGGGCACCACGAGGGCACCACGUCACUUUUAUGAAAUUUAGGGAAAAGGACGAGUAUGAAAUUGACAAGUAUGAAAAUGACAAGUAUGAAAUUUAGGGAAAAUGACGAGAAACCUUUUUAUCAGUCUCGCAAUCUGAAGGUUGCUACACUUUUGAGUUCUAGAUGACAGAGGUUUACUUAAA